AUACGUGAAAAGAUGCUUCUAAUAUCAAAUAGAUUUAUUUAAAAUAGAGAGAAACUGUGGGAAAGAACAUUUAUCAUCUUAAGGCAUUCUGUUAAAUUAAAGAAUGGAGUUUUAUUAUUAAAAAAAAAUAAGAAAUAAAAAAAGUUUUCAAGAAAAAAGGAUUAUAAAAGUGUUUUGACAUUUUGAAGUGCAUAGUGACAUUAAAAGUCGAGAAACGAAGGAUGUCGUUUGGUCAAUCAGCGACCAUGGUCCGGCCACUGACCACACAGACGACGUCAGCGCUGAAUCUCCGAACAUCAACGCCCAAGAUGGUGUACCCAAGUGCACGCCAAGUGACGUCAUCAUCACGAUGUUGUGAUACCGGACGUCCGGUGAUGCUGGACCCCGUCACCGGUGCGGCAGUCUGCUCAUGUCAGCUGAAGGCGGGGCUGCCGGCCUACCUUGCGCGCGUCCCCUCCCUGCCUGAAACAAUGUAUGGUGCAGGCACCAUGCAGCAGUUUCCACCCAACGUUGUCAUGGGAACUACAGAAGCCACUGCUAAUUUCUUUCAAACGAACAUGAAGAGCGAACGAGGAGCAGACGGCCUCAAGAUGGCUACAUCUGGUCUGCACGCGCCCUACUAUCUGGAACACCUCGUCGCCGCGCACCCAUAUAACGCACUGUACCCUGGUUUCGAUCUGAACAGCGCCCGGCGGAAGAACGCCACACGGGAAACGACGAGCGCCCUGAAGGCGUGGCUGUUCGAGCACCGGAAGAACCCGUACCCAACAAAGGGCGAGAAGAUCAUGCUGGCCAUUAUCACACGGAUGACCUUGACCCAGGUGUCCACGUGGUUCGCCAACGCCAGAAGGAGGCUGAAGAAGGAGAGCAAGAACGGGGACGACAAGGAUAUAGACUUUGACGACAUUGACGUGGAAGAGAAAUCCGACAAGUCGAACACGACCAUUCUAUCAGAGAGUGACGACGGCGAGGGCAAUCGUACUUCCGCCGACUUAUCCGACAUCUCCGACGCCGAGGACACAGGGCCCGACAGCAUCCUGCCGACAGCCUGUAUGCAAAGAUUGUUUUCCCCGGACCAGAGAACUGAUCGCAUAGCUGAUAGAACUACUUUGGACAAGGAACCUUCUUACGGUUGCCAUCUUGGAAAUCCUUGCGCAACAAAAAGUAGUUCUUCAGCUUCAAGUAAAGACAGUAAAGCGGAAUGUGCGCGGAAUAAAACAAAUGACGAUGAAAAUAAUGUUCCAGCAAAGCCAAAAAUAUGGUCUAUCUCUGAAAUAAUAAGCUCAAGUGGAAGCAAAAAAUAAUUGAUAAAAAGUGCUUUAAUUACAGUUGUGAUAGUUUUAUAUCUUUAUUUUGUGAUAUACUAGUGAAUAAUUCAUUAUACAUUUGUCCCACAUAUGCAAUCAAAAAGGUAUGUGCCUUUUUUCCGAACGUCUUCCAUAGUACUUAUCGUAUAUAUCUUUGAAGUGCCUCGUAUUGUUAUUCGGAGCACCUCGGCCAUUUUCCAACGAAAACAACCUCGGAUGCAUGCCGGUACAUCAGUAAAAGUAGUUCGUACAAUUUCAAAUAAUAGUAUUAAAUAUGUGUAAUGUUUUAACGUGUAUAUCGUACAAUUAAGUCUAAAUUGGUUGCCAGUGAUGUGUAUUAUUGCAUAAUUUAUCAAGAUACACAAGAGUUAAGCCAUAAAGUUUAACUGCUAAAUUGAAAUAACUACGCGAUCUGCUUGAAGUGUUGUUAAAUGUAAUCAUUUCUGACAUUGUAAACCGUCCAUGUACAUCCGAGGUUGUUUUCGAUGGAAAAUGGGCGAAGCGUUCCAAACGUCGUAUUGUACAAGUAUACUAUUUUCUAAUUUGCUACAUUCCAACAAGGUAUUUUUGUACCCGAUAUAGUUGUUGUAUUUUUCUACUUUUUUCUGGAAUAAAUAUUUUA